AUGGGCUGUACAAGCAAAAAUAUGAACGAUGAUAUGCUCGGAACUCAUGGCAAAGGCUUCAAGCUUGCUGCAUUGAUGAUUAUAAGACAUGGUUAUCAAGCUAAGUUUACUGCAUCAGGGUUUCACUGGAUCUUUUGCUGGGGCAAGAAGGAAAAGAAAACCCUGUGGUGCUUUUUGAGCAGAGUCAAGAGAAAGUCACCUCAGAAAGAGCUAAGCUCGCAAGGCCUAGAAGCAUCUCAGUUUAGAUUGCGAAUCCAUGGAAAGAUGUCUCCCCGAGAAUGGGGAAAUUAUAUAGCAAGAAAUCGAAGUUGA